CAUUUUAUUAUCAUAACAGCAGAGGAGCAGGUGCAGUCUCCGCUGUUUUUUUUUUUACGCUGCUGUAGCUUCACCUUCAGUCUUGACGAUGGGCCAGUGUGGGAUAACGUCGUCCAAAACCGUCCUGGUGUUUCUGAAUCUCAUAUUUUGGGCGGCUGCAGGGAUUUUGUGCUACAUAGGCGCAUAUGUGUUCAUCACCUACGACGACUAUGACCACUUCUUUGAAGACAUCUACACGUUAAUUCCUGCCGUGGUCAUCAUCGCCGUCGGCACCCUUCUGUUCAUCAUCGGCUUGAUCGGCUGCUGCGCCACUAUUCGGGAGAGCUCCUGCGGCCUGGCGACGUUUGCUGCCAUCCUGCUGCUGGUGUUUGUUACAGAGUGUGUGGUGGUGGUUCUUGGCUACAUCUACAGAGCAAAGGUGGAAGAUCAGGUGAACCAUUCCAUCCAGAAGGUGUACAAUGAAUACAACGGCACCAAUACGGAUGCCCCGAGCCGAGCUAUCGACUAUGUGCAGAGACAGCUGCACUGCUGCGGCAUCCACAACUACUCCGACUGGAGGAACACUCGCUGGUUUAAAGAGUCCAAAAACAACAGUGUUCCCGUCAGCUGUUGUCAGCCCAACAUCGGCAACUGCACCGGCACCCUGACCCGACCAUCAGAUCUCUACCAGGAGGGUUGUGAGGCCCUGGUUGUGAAGAAAUUGAAGGAGAUCAUGAUGUACGUCAUUUGGGCUGCGCUCACCUUUGCAACGAUACAGAUGCUGGGCAUGCUGUGCGCCUGCGUGGUUCUGUGCAGGAGGAGUCACGAUCCCGCGUAUGAGCUGCUAGUCACCACCAACAGCUACGCAUAAGUGACAUCACCAGCCGAAACACCGGGGAGCAUCUCCAGAAGCGUCCACAGUAGAUCCCGCAGUAGUUCUAUUACAAGCUCCAGCACACUAACACGGUCCAUGAUAGAGUAGCGAACACUGAUGAUGUGGCCGGAGCUUUGGCAGAAUUAUUUAUUUAUUCGCUCUGUACAGCCACUUUGACGGUCCUCAUUACAAACACUACUUCAUGACUCAUUGGCUUCUUUCCGUGCGCGCUGAUGACAUCACAGGGAGGACCAUGAGCAGCAGCUCAUUUUUGGGGAGGUGUUGUGUAUAGAAUGUAUUUUCUCAAGUGCUGGUGGUUUUGGGCACAUUUGCGGCUGUAAAGAUGUGAACAUAAAGAGACCCCAAAAGUCAAUCCUAAAAACUAUGAAUAUAGAACAGACCUCAUUGUGUUGUUGUGUUGUUUUUUUUAACUGACAUGCUGUGAAUCCAAAUCUGACUUCACUACUGACCCGCCGCCCGUAUGAGUUGUGACCUUUCUCCUUCCGAUGCUUCUAGCUGGGAUAUUAUCAGUGUUACUGACGAUGUUUGUGUUUGUCGAAAGAACCAGAUUUUUCCGCCCGCCACUGAGAAAUACAAGCACUUAUUUUAUACUUUUUUUGGUGAAGUUGUGCGUCUGUUUCAAUAUUUUCAAGCUGUUUCAAUGAGCUCUAGAUUUAGGUAGCAACGCAAAAAUGGCAGGACAAACGUGUAAAUAUGAGAGAGAAGAAAUAAAGACAUUCAUUUCAAAGUGGUUGUUUUUUUAUUCUGUUAGUAGUAGUUUUGCACAAAACAACUUGUUCAUGAAUGUUCUCCAUGCCCCUAUAGAAUGUGUUCUACUUUGUUUUGUAUCAUUUUUUUUCAGUUUUAUUUUGAAAUUGUGUUCUAAUAUUUGGUGUCGUCUCCAUAGUUGUGUUUUUUGUUGUUUUUCUGUUUCGUUUUUUUUGCUUGAAAAUAAAAAUUCAAGUUCUUUUCUUACAUGAAAUGUCAUUUUAAAAGUAUUAUUUUAUGCUUUUUUUGGGGCCAUUUAUUUCAACAACUAUUCCCUAAUAGUAUACAGUUGGCAAGUGUUUAUUAAAGUACU